AUGUGGCCUGCUAUUCUUGCGAGGUGGAGCACAUUUUCUCAUACUAUGAUUACUGCGUGGGGAGAAUUUACCUUCACUCUGGAAGAUGUAUGUGUUCUCUUAGAACUUCUUUGUAUAGGAAAAGAUGAUUUUCACUUUAUUAAGCUUUUUGAAGAAGAGGUAUGUACUCGAGACUUUUUCUUCGAUCUACUUAAGAGUUUGAGUAAAACUUCGAAAGUUGCACGAUUCUCUAAUUGGAUAGGGAUUUUUUAUAAAAAGUUCAAUGCUAAGGGAAUUGAGAUCGGUUCUCCUGAGUACCUAGACCAUAAGUAUGAGUUAGUAGCUUUAACAAUUUUUUGGUUGGCACGACACGCACUCCCAAGGUGUCCAGAUGAUGGUAUCUCUUCAGCAAUUGUUCCUUUAGCAAUAAAAAUUGUUAAGGGAAUACGUUUUCCCCUUACUCCACUAUAUUUAGGAUCCUUAUAUAAGAGAUUAGACUUGUACCAACUCAAAACUGUUGAGUCAGCUGGGCGUUACAAGGUUUUGACUUAUGUGGAUGUUUCCUCCAUUCAGAUGUUCUUAUGGGAAAGAUACAACUAUAGAGCUUGGGCAUGGCAUGAUCGACUACAAAGGGGUAAUGUUCUUGAAGUGAUGGAUGUUAGAAAAGAAUUCAAUCCCAGACCUUAUGUGCAACCUAUAAAUGGAUUUGGUGAUCCUGUAAUUUAUUAUGACCUUCAUCCUCUACAGUCUGAAAGAAUGAACUCACGAGGUAUUAACUUUUGUAUAUGGGUUCAUAGUUCCCAUUUGCCUUCUAUGAUUGAGAGUUCUAGUUUUGGUGGAGAUAGAAACUUUCGUUCUGUUGAAGUGUAUUCUCCUUAUAGAGUGGCACGUCAAUUUGGAUUUGACCAACCAGCUCCACUUGACUCUUCUUCGCCUAUCAGCUUUUCUUCUUGCGUUUCUUCAUUUCUCAUGACAGGACUUUUACUCCGUUCAGAUAAACUUAAGAGUUGUACAAUCCUAGCUUUUGAUAGAGUUGGUAUCCAUACUUCUGGAUGGUUUGCUUAUUGGUGA